CCUUUCUCUUCCUCUCAAUCUCACUCACUCAGACUCUGGACACUCAAUUCCUCCAGCUUAUCCUCUCAUCAGCUACCAUGUCCCUCAAGCGCAAAGCUGAAAUCGCAGCUGUCCCAUCCAGCCCAUCAGUUCCGGCCCCCAGCGAAUGGGCUAUGAUGAUCGAUGGAAACAAUUACCUGCACAGCCGGACACGCAAACGCUUCAGAGACGACCGUCCCAGCGACCAAGUGAUUUACCAGAACACAUUACGCUGGAUCUUUUCUGCCCAGAAGCAGCAAGUGCCUGCACGUACGAUCGAAAUGGAUACAAUGGAUUCAGAACCCACCCUCGAAACACCCGAGGAGGUUGACCCGCGGCAGCAAACAUUACACCGGUUCUUCCAACCAACACCCCAGCAAUCAUCAUCCUUCCGACCAUCCCGUCAAGCGCUUGCGCCUCGCGCAAAUGAGACAGCUCUGGCCCAGGAGGACAGUCUUCGGCGUCGGGCGUUUGAUCAGAUGAACCCGGUGAACAGCUCCAGCACGAGUGACAGCAAUAGCCCCGGGUUCAAUCAGAUGGGCGCUGACAUGGAUAUGGACAUGGAUAUGGACAGUGGCAGUGGAAGUGAUGGAUCCGGCCAGUUGUCCAAGAACUGCUUUGGGGGUAUGGCGUGGGUGUGAUUUGGUUGCACGCGACUUCGUGACCAUCAUAGCUGCUGGUGUUUAUAUGCGGAGAGGGUUACUUUCGCCUCUCCUUCUUUCGUGAUACCUAUUGGGUUAUUAAGGCAAGGUGUUUUAGGCUACAACCAGCAUUGAGAUUCUUCUUUUCCGACGCGAAACAGGUAUUUCGUGUCUUUGGCGUUGAUGGCGAUUCGGGAAUAAUUGAAAGAUCAUGGGCUAUAGCUUUCAGUGAACAUAAUUAGCUAGAUACCUAGUUUAAUUCGGG